CUCGCGUUUCACAAGCGGAAGUUGUUUUAGGUGCACUUGUUUAGUGGCAUUUGGUGCACUUGUUUAGUGGCAUUUGGUGCACUUGUUUAGUGGCAUUUGGUGCACUUGUUUAGUGGCAUUAGGUGCACUUGUUUAGUGGCAUUUGGUGCACUUGUGUAGUGGCAUUUGGUGUACUUGUGUAGUGGCAUUUGGUGCACUUGUGUAGUGGCAUUCAGUAUGCUUUCUCAAACUGUAGUGGCAUUCAAUUUGUGCUUAGUUAUUCGACUGUGAUAUUUUAUUGAACUUUUUCUCUCGCGUUAACGGAUUGACACAACCAUAAGGCAAGUUGGUGGACCAUUUUCUUACAAGACAGACUUUAGGAUUCACAGACUUUAGUUAGAGGAUUCUCAGACAGACUUGUUACGGCCAAACAGACAGUCUGAAGGCCACUUGUUGUUGACAGCACUAGGUUAGAAUACAGGGGAGUUAAGCAUCUAAUCAUCACUAGGGGAGAGGACCCGUGGCUCCAAGUUCUCUGAGAGAAACUACCAGUCAGCGAUGUGUGCUGGCUUCACAUGACGGGAGGAGAUUGACGGAAGUGGUGAGAAAGUGAAACUAGGGUUCACAUGACGGCAGGACAUUCACGGAAGUGGUGAGAAAGUGAAACUAGGGUUCACAUGUCAUUCACGGAAGUGGUGAGAAAGUGAAACUAGGUGGACUUCCGGAAGCUGAGCCAGGGCCUGCAGGAUGGGCAUCAGGAGCUCCCGGCUCUCAGAGGACCAGCUGCAGGAGCUGCAGGCCUGCACGUACUUCGACAAGAAAGAGCUACAACAGUGGUACAAAGAUUUCAUGAGGGACUGUCCGGAGGGGAUGCUCAAGAUGGAGGAGUUUCAAGGCAUCUACCAGCAGUUCUUUCCCCACGGCAACCCGGAUAAAUUUGCUAGUUAUGUCUUUAACGCCUUUGAUGUUAACAAGGAUGGUUUCAUCUCAUUCCCAGAGUUCAUUCGUGCCUUAUCCAUCACGUCACGGGGGUCACUUGAUGAAAAGUUGGACUGGGCAUUCAGCCUGUAUGACCUUGACAACGACGGCCAGAUCACCAAGGGCGAGAUGGGGGAGAUCGUGGACGCCAUCUACAGCAUGGUCGGCAACCUGCUGGACCUGCCCAAAGACGAGGACACGCCCCAGAAGCGCGUGGAGAAAAUAUUUAAACAGAUGGACCUGAACCACGACGACAAACUAACACGGGAGGAGUUUAAAGAAGGAUCCAAGUGUGACCCGUGGAUCGUGCAGGCCUUGAGCAUGGAGCUGCCCAACAACAGCCACUGACCUGUUGUUAGAUGACCAGUAGCAGCCACUGACCUACUUUUACAGUAACAACGCCUGACCUACUUUUUAAAUGACCAGAAACGAUAUGUGACCUACUUUUAAAUGACCAGUAACAACACCUGACCUACUUUUUAAAUGACCAGUAACAACACCUGACCUACUUUUUAAAUGACCAGUGACAACGCGUGACAUACUUUUAAAAUGACCAGUAACAACACCUGACCUACUUUUAAAAUGACCAGUGACAACGCGUGACAUACUUUUAAAAUGACCAGUAACAACACCUGACCUACUUUUAAAAUGACCAGUGACAACGCGUGACAUACUUUUAAAAUGACCAGUAACAACACCUGACCUACUUUUUAAAUGACCAGUAACAACACGUGACCUACUUUUAAAACGACCAGUACCAACGGCUGACCUGAAUUAAAAAUGUACCAUAACACUGGGCUGAGACCAUUGCCACGAAAUGGAUGACCUCUGGUUGAACCUGACCUGUCCAUUUGUUCAUUGAUCCAAGUUUUAAGUUCUAAGGUCCACGCCACACUCUCUAAACAACCAAAGUCAAAUAAGUCAUACGUCAGUACAAAAGCUGUGUUUUAAAAAGUUUAAAUAGAGAGAUGUAACAAGCUCAUCCAUAGAGAUCAUUGGUGCAAUACGCUACUCGGUCAGGAUCGGUAACUCUUGAUACAAGGGACAUAAUGACAUUAAAAACAACUGACAUCGAUCUUGAUAUAAGGGGACAUAAUAACAUUCAUUUUAAACCUGACAAGAUCUGUAACUUUUCAUACAUGGGUAAAUAGAAAAAGCACUGCAUUUAAAAUUAAAUUUAAAAAAAAAAACUGACAAGAUCGGUCAUAAUACAAAUUUUGUUUUACAUUUUCUCAAUGGCUAUUAUAGUACACCAGCCUCCCCCCUCCCCCCGCCUUUUUUCAUUUGUAACUUAUAUUUUGCGUUCAUCUGUUUCAUUGACAUCAUUCUCGUCUAACAUAAAAAUGUUGUAUGUGUUCUUUCAAAAUGUAGCUCAUCAUGAUGGUGUGUAUUCAAGGAUUUACAACUCCUAUUGACAUUGUCCUAAUUAUGAUCAGAGCUUGCCACCUUCUCCCCUAACUGUGUGGACGUGAUUGCCCAAACCACAUUCUUCCAAUGAUUUUGUUUUAAGCACACAUCCUUUCAUCUUUCUUCCAUACGAUUCAUCCCCACGCCGCCUCCGUAUCAAUAGAAUGUUGCCAGGGGAAACAGCUCUCCUGUAAUUUUUUUUUCACGAUUGUCCAGCUAAAAAACAGGUUAGACACUAGAUA